UUGGCGGGAAACCCUAGCUUCGACCACCGCCUAGUACGUAUAGCUCCCCUCGUAUCGCUAAUUCCACCACCAUUUCCCCCGGAGUCCGAUCCUCGAUGGAGAAAUACGCAGUCCCCGUUCCUUCAUCCAAAAACUCUAAAAACCCUAAUCCCAUCACCAGGUGGAAGCGGAUCGUUUCAGAAUUGAACGGGAGGAUCUCUUCCAAGUGCCGCCAUGAAGAUUCUCAGCUUCUUCUCGAUUCUUACGCGCAAGUUAGAACGUUUCAACAUCAUUACAAGACUGGAUCAGAUAACUGUCCAACAUAUAUUGCUAGGAUAACAAAUGUCGCGAAUCAUGACUCUCCAGACUACUUUGUGAGGGAGGGAAUCACUGGUAUUGAAUUUGACUCCAAGGGGAUCUAUUUGGCAUCUGUUACAAAAUCAGGAUGUUUAACAGUGCAUGACUUUGAAACAUUGUAUUGCUCGACAUAUGGUCCAUCAUCAAGUUCUUUGGAGGAUGAAACAAACUAUUUACUGCAUAUUUCUACCUCUCACACAUUAGAUGCUGUCCGCUGGAAUCCAGAAAAUCAAGAUGAGGUAGCUUGUUCUUCUCGACAGAAUAAUAAAGUUCUUCUCUAUGAUAUUGGUUAUAUGUCUUCCGAACCUGUUGAAGUGUUGGAGAGAGGGAGGUCUAAGUUCUCUCAACUAAAUGAUAAAAUCUGCAAUGGCCUAUCAGAUAUUGCUUUCACUUCAGCAGAUAAAUCAAGACUACUUGCAUCUGGAUUGGACGGUGCUAUUUAUAUAUGGGAUAGGAGGUCGAGUAACUUUCCGUGUGUUGAACUUAACACUAUUUCACAGAGCCAACUUAAUAGUAUCCAAGUCGACACUGAAAAUCGGGUUGUAUUCGGGGCAAGUAAACAAGGAAUCAUUUAUGCUUGGGAUCUUCGUGGAGGAAGAACAUCACUUGCUUUUCAAAGUCUGAAUGAGGUACAUCACCCUCCUUUGAUAUCCCUGAAGGUGUCAUCAGUGUUAGAGAAAAUAACAUCUUUGAAGGCACAAUCAAAUAUAAUAUCAAAAGAAAUUCACUCUGUCAACAUUGAUCCAUCAUGCUCGUAUCAGUUAGCAUUCCAUCUUGAUGAUGGCUGGUCUGGAAUUUUGAACACAAAUAGCCUAAAUGUGACACAUGUGCACUGCCCUCCUCCUGCUUGGUUGGAUGGUAUGGAAAUACCUCGUCUUUCCUCGAGCUUGAGAAGACCUGCUUGGCUGCUCUCAUGUUCGAUAUAUGCCGUUGGUUCUACCUGUGGUAAAGGAAUUCAUCUGCUAGAUUUCUUCCCAGAUAGAAGCUCAGCUUGCCAUGUGGAUUUCAUUGGGGAUUUAGAAACUCUGUCCAAUGAAAAUAAACAAACUGCUAGGAACAAAUUUUGCACUGUAUCAGAAUGUGUUUUGGUUUGUGCUGCGCAUCCCAUCAAUGGUACCAUCAUAGCUGGAACGAAGCAUUCUUCACUGCUGAUGAUUUCACAUAGGCAUCAGGCUGACGAGGACCUGGAUCGAACUACCUGAAGGCUGCCAAACUAAAUGUGCUUAUAAAAUUUCAAGUUCAUACUGGCCACUAAGUAACAUGAAGUUCAAGUAGUUUGUGGAUCUCUAAACAACAAUUACAAUGACAGCUCGGAAGGCAUCUAGUCCAUCUAUUUCUUUCAUUAGUUGGAUGGCUGUUUAGCUGGAGAAAGAGUUCCAGAACAAGCAUGAAGCAAAUAUUAUUCAGGAAGUCAGCUUUGCAAAUUCUUUCCAUGCCAUAAUAAAAUCAUGAUGAUUCUACUUCAAUUUGCGUCUCAAGUGCAAGUAAUCCUAGGAAAAUUUUGUGUUUGUGCCUAAGAUCACCAAGGUAUCCUUCAGCUUUCUAUACGCUCACUUGGCGAUUGGAGUAGAAAAAAUUGGGAACUGGUUUGGUGGAUCUACAGGGUCAAUAUUUACGAGAAGUAUUGUCUGUGUACUAGUCAUUUAGUUUGCCUGUGUGGAGCAUUUGUGAACAUAAUACUAUAGCUUGUAUUGAAGCAUGUCCAGAUCUAUGUUGUGCUAUAAUGUAUGAAUAGAAAUAUUCUGAAAGACAAGUUUUGACAUUGGAAAUAUAAACUCAUGGGUCUCU